AUGGAUGGAUCGGUGCGGUGCGAAGCAAACUAUGUGCCGCUGACGCCGCUGAGCUUCCUGGAGCGCGCCGCGCUCGUGUACGGCGCGCGCACGGCCGUCGUCUUCGGUGACAGGGAGUACUCCUGGCGCCACACGCGGGACCGGUGCCUCGCCGGCGCGUCCGCGCUCGCGCGCCUCGGCGUCGGCCGCCGGGACGUGGUGGCAGUCCUGGCCGCGAACACGCCGGCCAUGUACGAGCUGCACUUCAGCGUGCCCAUGACCGGCGGCGUCCUGUGCACGCUCAACACCCGGCUCGACGCGGCCAUGGUGUCCGUGCUCCUCAGCCACUCGGAGGCCAAGGUCUUCCUCGUUGAGUCGCAGUUCCUCGCCGUCGCCCGCGACGCGCUUGCGCUGCUCGCCGAAGACAAAGCCAGCAUGCCUCUCCUCGUCACGAUCACCGACGGCGAUAGUAGCAGCGAGGGUGCGCCGGAGUACGAGGCCCUUCUGAGGACCGCGCCGCGCGGCUUCGAGAUCAGGUGGCCCGCCGACGAGUGCGACCCGAUAUCCCUGAACUACACGUCGGGGACCACAUCGCGGCCCAAGGGCGUCAUCUACAGCCACCGUGGCGCGUACCUCAACACGCUGGCCGCGGUGGUCUCCAACGAGAUGCCGACCAUGCCGGUGUACCUCUGGACCGUGCCCAUGUUCCACUGCAACGGGUGGUGCAUGGUUUGGGGCACGGCGGCGCAGGGCGGCACCAGCGUCUGCAUGGCCGGGAGCUUGUCGCCCAAGGUCGUCUUCGAGAAGAUCGUGCGCCACAGGGUGACCAACAUGGGCGGCGCGCCCACGGUGCUCAGCAUGCUCGUCAACGCGCCGGCGUCAGAGCAGAGGCCGCUGCCGGGCACGGUGCGCAUCUCCACGGGCGGCGCGCCUCCGCCGCCGCACAUCCUGGCCAAGAUGGACGAGCUCGGGUUCAACGUCGUCCACGGGUACGGCCUCACCGAGACGUACGGUGCGGCGACGCUGUGCGUGUGGAAGCCGGAGUGGGACGCGCUACCGGCCGCCGAACGCGCCCGGAUCAUGGCGCGGCAGGGCGUGCCCCAGUUGAUGCUGGAUGGCUUGGAGAUCAAGGACCCGGUGACCAUGGCGACCGUGCCCUCCGACGGGCGCACCGUCGGCGAGGUCAUGCUCCGCGGGAACACGGUGAUGAGCGGGUACUACAAAGACGCGGCUGCCACGGCGGAGGCCAUGCGCGGCGGGUGGCUGCGCUCAGGGGACCUCGCCGUGCGGCACCCGGACGGGUACAUCCAGCUCAAGGACCGGUCCAAGGACAUAAUCAUAUCGGGCGGCGAGAACAUCAGCUCCAUCGAGGUGGAGUCGGCGCUGUUCGGCCACCCCGCCGUGCUGGACGCCGCCGUGGUCGCGAGGCCCGACGACCACUGGGGCGAGACGCCGUGCGCGUUCAUCACACUCAAGGACGGCGCCAAUGCGACGGAAGCAGACAUCAUUGGAUUCUGCCGGGAACGGCUGCCACGCUACAUGGCGCCGAGGACGGUGGUCUUCGCCGACCUGCCCAAGACAUCCACGGGCAAGACGCAGAAGUAUCUGCUCCGGGAGAAGGCCAGGGCCAUGGGAAGCCUACCUAAGCAGGGCACAAGCAAGCUGUAGCACGUACUUACACGCUUUCAGUUUCAGACUCGAGCCUUGUAUUG